AUGUCUCUCGGAACUCCAGUUAUGAUCGACCCCAAGCUGUUCGAACAGGACAAUGCCCCUGAGGGCCUGUGGACUCUCAUCAAGCAGCUCAGAAUCCGCGACCUCGUCACCGCCAUCAAGCAGCUCGUUCUCGGAGACUUCCAGCACCUCGUCAAUGUCGCCAGAGGUCGUCCUUUGAAUUUCGAGACCAUCGCUCUGCUCUCCAAGGAGUUUGUCAAGACACGCACCGGAAAGACCGCUCUCAUCACGCUCGCCGUCGUUGUUGGCAUCGUCCUCUUGGCUUACCCUAUGGCUGUUGCCUCGCCUUUUCUGGCUGCAGCCGGUUUCACCAGCGCUGGACCUGCUGCUGGUAAAGUGCUUACUGUGGAUGAGUUUUCUAACACUCGCUNNAAUACUUUGGCAGGAUCGGUUGUUGCUGCUGCUCAGGCAACCCAUGGAGUCGGCGCAGUCUUCAGUACUCUGCAGAGUGCUGCCAUGGCUGGCUACGGAGUCACUGUCGUCGCUGGUUUCGUUCAGGCAACUGUUAUUGCCAGUACUGCCGUUGCUGCUUACAAGUUGUGGAAGAUGCACAAGCGCAAGCACACCCGAGUCUCGCUCGAUGGGUUGUUUUCUGUUGGUAUUUGCAGAACCAAUGGAUUAUCAGGAGUUGGAGUGUACAGAAGGAAGUUCACAUGCUGUUGUCUUCUGCCUCGCGGCAAAUGA